UUUACACAGCCAUUAUAUUGUUGCUUUAAUUUCACGAAAGUUCUUCGGCUUAUAUAUACACGAUCAUCAACAUGCAUAAAAGCAUCAUCUAUUAAUCUCAGAUUAUUGGAAUUGAAAUAGAUAUAUAUAGUAGUGUUUGAUUUUGGUGAUCAGAUCAGAUCAGUUUGCGAGCAUGGCGGAAAUGGUGUUUGGUAAUCCUCUGGUUGUGAUCAGCCCGGAAUACUGUGCCCCUCAUCAUCUUCAAAUCUCAAUCAAGAAAAAGCUACACUUUUUGGCUGGCAACGGAUAUGAAGUUAAAGAUGCCGCCAGUAGCAGAAUCCUCUUCAAAGUCGAAAACAUCCCCACUUUCUUCAACAGCAAGGUCGUCGUCUUUGAUCCCGCCGGAAACUCCAUCAUCACUCUCCGACGAAAGGCAUUUACAUGGCGAACCAGAUGGAAAGUUUACAGGGGAGAAAGCAAAGAGGAGAAAGACUUCAUCUUCAGCGCAAGAACAUCCUCAGCGUUCCAGUUCACCACGAACCUAGACGUGUUCUUAGCCGGCAACACUUCGGAACAAGUCUGCGAUUAUAAGAUGAAGACAAGCUUCGCGCAGUCGACGUGCGAUAUCUACGUUAAACCAUCUUCUACCUUAAUUGCUCAGAUGCAGAAGAAAGUGACGGCAGGGAGUAUAUUCCUGGGAAAGGAUAAUUUCAUGGUGACGCUGCAGCCAAACGUGGAUCAAGCCUUCAUCGUUGCUCUUAUAGUAAUUCUCCAAGAGAUCGUCGACUCAAGAAGAAGAAAUCAAAGUUCUGGGUGAUUUACAUCUUCCAAAAUGCUUUAUGACCCUGGGGUAUAGGAGUCUUGAGGUUGAGGAUUUAACCUUUUUGGGAGAAGAAAUCACAAUUCUCAUUAUUAAGCAUUAAUAUUUGUACACCUAUUUAUUCUGUUUAUUUAAUCUGGGUUGUUAUAUUUUAUCUCGUGUAGAAUUGGUUUAGAACUGUUGUUAGCAUCUCUUCUAUUUAUACUUUGUAUUGUACACUUGUUUAAAUAUGUAGGAACUUUUUUCUUCUCAUUCUUAUA